UGGUUUCGUCUUUUACCGGAAAGGUCCUUGUUUACAGCACAGCUCUUGCUCCACGUUAGCAUCGGUGAUUUGACAAGCAGGAAACGGGUUUUUUUUUUAAAUAAACUUUUAAAGCAGUUCGCAAAACUCAUUGAAUUAAUCCGUGGUAUACUUCGACUGGCAUGAUUGUUUGGAGGCGGAAAAGCUACCGACAAGGGCAGCAAUGACAAGCUUGCUAACGUAGCGCUAAGGCACUCGCACUGCCACGUAUCACGCCUGGCUUGCUUAGUUUAUGACCUGACUGGCUGCUCAUAAGAACGACCGCGGUCAUGGGUGCGGAGAGCAGCGCGGUGCGGAGCUGCACCCUGGAGGAGCCGCUCCUGACUCUGCCCACCGGACCUACCAUGUACUCGGCGGUGCUACAGGAUGGAAAGCCCGCUUCUGUGUUUGUUCACAAACGUGGCAAUGAAGACAAAGUCAACAAAGCUGCCAAGCACCUGAAGACACUGCGACACCCAUGUCUACUGCGCUUCCUGUCCUGCUCAGUCCAGAAUGGUGCCAUCCACCUGGUGACAGAGCCUGUGCAGCCCCUGCAGCUACUGCUAGACAGUCUCUCCCCAGAGGAAAUUUGUGCAGGCAUCUAUGACCUCCUGCAGGCACUUGUUUUUCUGCAUGAGAGGGGUAAGUCGAGCCACAACAACGUCUGUAUUUCAUCUGUAUUUGUCAGUGAUGAUGGUGAUUGGAAACUGGGAGGGAUGGAGACAGUCUGCAAGUUCUCUGAAGCAACUCCUGAGUUCCUCACAAGCAUCCAGAAUGCAAGAGAGGCCAGCUAUAUUCCUCCAGAAGAGCAGGUGGAGGGUUUUAAAAUCCUUCCGGAUAAACAUGCUCACUCUCGGGACUGUUACUCUUUUGGGAUGAUGGUGGAGUCUCUUGUUCCUCUCCUUAAUGGCUAUGUGUCACAGGAGCUUGCUGCCAGCUUGACAAAAACACUGCAGGCAGGCCUGUUGAACUCUGACCCCAUGUCGCGGCCACCACUCAGUUCCUUGCUCACCAAUGACUUUUUCAGGAAUGACUUUCUGGAAGUGAUGAAUUUUCUGAAAAGUCUCACCCUAAAGACAGAAGAAGAAAAGAAUGAAUUCUUUAAGUUUCUUCUAGACCGAGUCCAGAGCCUCCCUGAAGAGUUGAUAGCUACACGCCUUGCUCCCAAACUCCUUAACUCUCUUGUUUUUGCAGAACCCAUGGCUGUAAAAAGCUUCCUGCCUCAUCUUUUAAGGCCAAAGAAAGAUAACAGUGGUGAUGGUAGCAGUGAAGAAUGCCUGCUGUCUAUGUCCCUUUACCGUAAGCAUGUGAUUCCUCAGCUUCUCAAACUCUACAAGGUCAAUGAGGAACAUGUCCGAAUCGUGCUGCUGGCCCACAUCCACCUUUACGCCGAGUUUUUCUCCCACGAUGAACUCAAAAACCAGAUCCUACCUCAGGUUUUGUUAGGAAUGAGAGACACCAAUGAUUCUCUGGUUGCCAUGACGCUGCAGAGUCUGGCAGUGUUGGUGCCCUUGCUCGGGGCUCAGGUGGUUGUUGGUGGAGAGAGAACCAAGGUCUUUAAACGCACCACACCUAACUUUACCAAGUCUACAGAAGUGACCCCUGAAACCUCACCUGUCCAUAUAGUUGGAAGUUCCUACCCUCAGAUCGCCCAACCCUCCAAAGUGCUGAAUUUAUUACCUAGACCAUCAGGGACUGAAGGCUUAGUCCUCGGUCACACGGGUAGCAAGACACCAAGGGUUAUCAAGCCAGUAUCGGAUGUUAGUAGAAAGAUGUCUCUACCUUUGAAUGGCUUUCAUCAGGACAGUGAGAUUGACCAACUUUCUUCUAGCCCGGAGCAGACUGACAGACUAGAAGGCGCUGUGGAAGACUGGCCUGACUGGAGUGACCCUGAUAGUGAGAAUAGAGAUGGGCAUUCAGUCCAGAUCCACAUUCAGGCCUCAAAGGGUGUAGAUCCAGUUAGCAGCCUGCCAAUCACACAUCAGAACACAGAUGAGGAGCCAUGGGAUGACUUUGAGGACACUGAACCUACCUCAGAUCUCUCCCCCACAGCUCCUUUAUCAGACUCAGUCAUCUCUGCACCACCCAAAGGGGGCGCUGCUUCCCCAUCUUCAAAACAUGGUCCUGAACCACUGAGACUGGGUUCCUCUAAACCCCUUAAGUUGAGCGCAACACUGCGGCAGUCAACAGAGACAGAGGCCACUUCCUCAUGGGACAAUAGCUGGGCUCAAGAGAAAAGGGACUCUCAGAAAUCACAUAAUCCCUUAAACCCCAAGUCCAAACCUACAGUGCCACAAAACAGUAGUUCAGCAGGAGGUCUAGGGGAGGAGUUUACUAUAAGGGUGAAGAGAAAGGUAGAGCAAGACCCAGAGCUGGAUUUGUUUGCAGACAUGGUGCCGGACAUCAAGUUGUCAUCUCCAGCAGUGCUGUCACUACAAGAGACUGGCGAGCGUGAAGCAGAACUGUCCACAGCAUUUUCGGAUAACACUAAACCUCUGCAGAUCGAUUCAUCCAUCGAUACUUUAACACUCACUGCCAAGUUUGCAGCAGUUGACCUGACUGAGACUGAACCAGAUGGCUGGGGAGAUGAAGAUGACCUGAACUGGGAGGACAAUGCCUGGUGAUUACGUUUGAUCCAUUACUUCCAUCUGCAGUGAAAGACUUGACCACUGGAAAACUGAAACCCAUGCACCACAUCUGGAGUGCCACUUCACCAACAGACCAGUAAACUGGAAGUAGUUUCUCAUUUAACAUGAUGCAGUAGGGGUGUUAAUGACUGGGAUGGGCUAAGGCUUUUUAUAUUCUGUUGAUUUUAUUAUCAUUAUGUUAAUUAUGAGAACUUACUUUUAAACUGGAAGGAUCAGCUCCUCAUCAGAUGGUGCUAGACUUGGACAAAAUAAGCCAUUUAUAAUUGUUUGCCAAUUGAUAUCAGAGGUGAAUGUAAUCCUGUUUCAUCUGCUCUGCUCUUAUUUUUUUAUGUGUCAAUUUCACUAGUGGCAUAAAGAAACUUUUCGGAGACACUGGGUCUUCCCAAAAAGAGUCAGUUUGAUUAACUGAAGGCUUGCACUUUGAAUGAAUGUGAAAUCAGAAUUGCAUAAUUUAUUAGCAGCUUUUGGGUUGUUGGUGAAAUAAAGUAAAACUUACUGUA